CUUAGCCGUAAUUAUUUAAAAAAAAAGCCAAAAGUACAUGUUAUUAAAUAGUACAUAUAAAGUUAACUAGUAUAAGGAAAUGUUAAUAAUAAUAUUAACCGCUUUAUACCAUCUUGUUCCAAUAUCAGAAAGUCAAGUGCCAACAUUAAGCGGAUUGGGAGCUGAAUAUAAUAAAACUGGUCUGGUGGAGGAAACCUGUGGGAUAGACAACUCUGGCCUGGAGGAAGUUCAAGAAGGAUCAUCAUUUAUUGAAACAUACCCAUGGUUUGGAGUCAUUGUGUUUCCGUUGGAGGGCUUAAUAACAUCAUCUCCGGUUGUGUUGAUAACCAAACAAUUGGUAAUCGGCGCGGCAAUCGAGAUAGCAAAUCUACCAAAAGUUGAUUUCAGGGCUAGAACUAAAGUGAUACUCGGUACUAACUGUAAAGGGCGCAGGCACAGCGUAGUAGAAUAUUCCUAUCAUCCGGACUUCCAGAAAAAUACGUACAGUUCACUCGUUUUGAUUCAAAUAGAGCCGAAUUUCGAAGUAGAGCUUCGGCCUAUUUGCCCACCUCCGAGUAUGAUCAAUAAGCCAGAUUUUUAUGCAUUUUCUCUUGCAGAAGAUUGCAUGUUGUCAGCAGUAGAAAUAUACAAAAUGUCGUAUGUCGAUACAAAAGAAUGCAAAUCGUAUUAUCGCAGAACUGGAUUAAACGUCAAAAGUAUUUGGCCGAAAUACACAGUGUGUGCCAAAGCGCAGCGCGGUGGAGAGUGUCUUUGGCAGAGCGGAGUGUUCCUUGUCACGAAACAUAAAAAAAGGUGGAAGUUGAUAGGAUUCGGUGUUUACGGCCCAGGGUGUUCGUCUCCAGCGAGGUUCUUAGACUAUGGCAUGUACCACCAAUGGAUACGCACCAACAUUCAGAGGAUUGGUCGACCAGCUAUAACCAGGCUGGCUGGCAACCAUAUUGUUAUGAGACGACGUUUAACAUCGGUACAAAGAUUUGGACCGUGUGAUCCAGAAGAAACGAAAGUCGAAAUCUACACCGAUCACAGCUCCAUACAACCUGUAAGCGCAAAACCUCGAAACGCCUACUAUAAUUUCACAAUCCUGGCUGGUUACGAAUACUCAUGUAUCGUGUUCCGAGCAAAUCAAGAAAUUGGUGAAGAACCAACGAUCCAUUUAAAAAGGAUGUGCAUUGCUAAACACAUAGCUUGUUAUCAAUUUACAACAUUGCAAAUUGACUUCGAAGUCACCAUUGGUUACUUCGAUAAAGUAGAAUACCAUAUUAAUGUCUAUGGUAUUGAGUUGAAGCUAUUAGAUGCUAAAAGAAUGAAUGUGCUUGCGAACAGAAGACAUUAUCAUCCACCGAUUGAUAAGACUUAUACACCUUACAUUUACUCUGGAUGGGGUAUUGGAUAAAGCAAGAAAGAUAAUAAAGAGAGAAAGAUAUAACAGUAAGACAGUCUUUUGUUUCUUUCUGACUAUCC